AGCGCCAGCCACCAGCCACCAUCAGCCAGCAGCUGGACACAAUGAAGACCGAGAUCAGGCAGCGACAACAACCGUCUGACCCCGAUCGCAGCACCAGCACGGCGAAGCAUUACAAGAUGCCGACGUUCCGGAUCGCGAAGUUUGACGAUUACACACAUCAAGACCCGGUCGUCUGGUGGCAAGGAUUCACAACGGAGUUGGGGAUUCAUGAAGUCCCGGAACAUCUGUUCAUCGGCGCACUGUUCCUUAACCUCAAAGGAGGAUGCCAGAUCUGGCUCAGCCAUAUGGCAACCGCCCAUGGCGUCCAGGUCUUCGACCUACACAAGAAGGUCUCCAGGGAGGAUCUGACAAAAGAAUGGAAGAAGCGGUUCAUCGUUGACGAUGCCCCGGCGCUCGCCAUCAACCGCAUCUUCACGAUGGCUCAAGGAAACACAGCGACACGUGAUUGGCUCACGGAUUGGCAGAAGAUCGUGGCUACACCUGAUCUGGACUUGCCAUUUCCGCAUCUGCGCCGGGAGUUCUACAACCGGUCAUGCGCCGCUUUGAGCCUCGCGCUUGGUGAUCGCGAGCAGUACAACACCUUCGCCGAAAUCAUCAACAAGGCGAGGGAGAUCAUCAAGACAAACAGGGCGGCUGCACACGAGAAGUCAACGUGGCAGCCAACCUAUGUGGAGAAGGUGAAAACCGGUUCGCGACCGCAGCAUGUCGCUGCAGUCCAAUCGGACAACAUUGUGGAAGACCCGGCAGCCACCCAAGCAUCACGUGAGGGAGAUCAGGUGGCUGUUGUCCAGCCGCGAAGCAACAACAAGUCCCGAGGAAACGGGAAGGCGAAAACCGCAUCGCCGACCGGAAACGGACAACCAACACCGUGGGUAAAGUUUCACUUGACCGUGGCGCGGCCGCUACGACUGCUGCUAUUGGUGCAACAACACCAAGCACAAGACCUCCCAAUGCCCGGAUCAAGGCAAGGAGGGUGUUCGGCCUCGUAUCAACUCGGGAAACUGAGUUCCGCGGGAGGUGAGGCGACUCCAUCUCUCACUCCACCAGAUGAUUCGACCGCCUUGCUAGCGGCCUCCUACACAUCUGGGGAGGAUGCGAAUGUCGCAAGUUCUCGGUACACUUACGAGGACUGUGCUGUCCACUUGGUCCCACCGUUGGACCAACCGCUCCACGUGCAACAAUCUACCGCAUGCACGGUUUCACAACCAUCGGCAACCGAGUCGGCAGCUUCGCCGCCAUCUAUAGCCGGGGAUUCGACAAUAUGGUCAAGACUUGAAGAGCUCGACCCGUUGACGUUUGCGGACUUCCAAUGGAUGCCCCUUCCCCGGUCUGGUCGAUUGCCGAAACCGCAUUGCAACGUGCUCAUGGCACAACUGCGGGAUUACUUGCACACUGCAGUACCAAACUCCGUUGAUGGACGCCGGAGUAGAGGUUGUCGACCUUCACAAUUAGAUUGCGAAGAUCAACCGCGAGUUCAGGACACAGCGAUCGGAGAGGCGACAUGCAACGCUUUGAUCGAUUGCGGAGCAUCUCACAACUACAUGAGCCAGGACUUUAUGGUACGCGCCGGCCUUGGCCCACGCGUCCGGAGGAAGUCCCAACCUACGCAAGUCACGUUGGCAGACGGUCACACGCACAAGUCAAUCGACCGGUGCAUAGAUGACGUCCCCGUGUACUUUGCCCGGCAUGCAAGCGAGGCGGUGUCCUUCAAUAUUUUGGACACCAAAUUCGACAUGAUUUUGGACAUGUCAUGGCUGCGAAGCGAGGAUCACUCGGUGAACUUCUACCGCCGCACCGUUCACGUUCGUGAUCGGAACGGAGUACGAGUCCCAUGCACGGUGCCUCCUCCUCACCCUUCGAUCAGCUGCCACGUGGUGUCCGCCGCAAGCAUGCGAGCUUUCAUCACCAAAGGCGACAUCGAGGAGAUGGGGGUGUGUUUUCUCCACGCCCUCCCGCCCCAUGACGCUUCAUCGACUGACUCAUCUUCGGACUCACGCAUCACCCAGCUUCUCGACGCCUACGGCGACGUGUUCGAAGGCCCGCACGGAGUAGUACCGGAUCGGCCCAUCCGCCACGAGAUCAUCCUCGAGGACGGGGCUGUACCUCUGCGUGGUUGCAUCUACCGAAUGAGCGAGGAAGAGUUAAGUGUGCUACGGGCACAACUCGACGACCUUCUUCAGAAAGGCUGGAUUCGGCCUAGCUCCUCGCCAUACGGUGGUCCUGUUCUCUUCGUCCGAAAGAAGAACAAGGAUUUGCGGUUGUGCAUCGAUUAUCGCAAGCUCAACGCGCAAACGGUCAUGAACGCUGACCCUCUUCCACGCAUCGACGACCUCCUUGAACGGCUGGGCGGCGCCAAGUUCUUCUCCAAUCUAGACCUCAAAUUGGGAUAUCACCAACUCAAGAUCCGGCUGGAGGACCUCUACAAGACCGCGUUUAAGACGCGAUGUGGGCAUUUCGAAUGGCUGGUUAUGCCGUUUGGCCUUACGAAUGCCCCAACCACUUUCCAAGCGGCUAUGACAACGGAGUUCCGACCCAUGCUGGAUCGAUUCAUACUUAUCUACCUCAACGACAUUUUGGUGUACAGUCGGAGUUUGGACGAGCAUGUGGAGCACCUGCGCACCGUUUUGGAGCGGCUACGACAAGCCAAGUACAAAGCCAACCGCGACAAAUGUGAAUUCGCGCGUCAAGAGCUGGAGUACUUGGGACAUUACGUGACGCCGCAAGGCAUCCGUCCGCUUACGGACAAGAUCGAGGCCAUCCGCGUAUGGCCCGAGCCCACCAACACCACGGACGUUCGUUCAUUGAUGGUAUUGGCGGGCUACUAUCAGCGAUUCAUCACCGGAUACUCAAGGAUUGCUACACCUAUGACGAGAAUACAAUCGCCAAAGGUGCCAUUCGUGUUCGAUGACGACGCACGCCGGUCAUUCCAAGCACUUAAGACGGCCAUGCUCAUGGCACCCGUCCUUAGCAUCUAUGACUCCACCCUGCCUACGAGAGUGAUAACUGACGCUUCCGGCUAUGGAAUUGGGGCAGUCAUGGAACAACACGACGAUGACGACUGGCACCCUGUGGAGUAUUUCAGCCACAAAGUGCCUCCCAUCAAUUCGCUUGAUGAUGCAAGGAAGGAGCUGCUCGCGUUCGUGAUGGCUCUCAAGCGAUGGCGGCACUUCCUCCUUGGGCGUCGAAGGUUCACAUGGGUCACGGACAACAACCCAUUGACCUACUACAAAACGCAGGAUACGGUGCGCAGCACGAUCGGACGAUGGAUGUACUUCAUCGACCAAUUUGACUUCACACCAAAACACCUCCCCGGCCUCUCCAAUCGCGCGGCAGAUGCACUCCCGCGAAGACCCGAUCUUUGCGCUAUGACACAUCAUGCCUUCGCAUUCGACGAGGAACUCCAGCGACACUUCAUCCGGGGCUAUGAGUCUGAUCCGGACUUCGCUACGUUGUAUGCGAAGCUAUCUUCGGAUCACCCGCCGGCCAGCCACUAUCGCAUUGCCAACGGGUACUUCCUCCUCCACUCGAGAGGCAAGGACUUAUUGUGUGUCCCACGAGACCGUCGUCUUCGGACUCGCCUUCUCGGGGAGUUCCAUGACUCGCGACUCCCUGGCCAUUUCGGAGUCAACCGCACUAUUGCACGGCUUCGACAACGAUUCGGAUGGCCCGACCUCAUUACCGAUGUUACUCGGUACUGCGACUCUUGCGAAGUUUGCCGACGAAGCAAGCCCCGCAAUCGCAACCCCUACGGCGAGUUGCGCCCGAUGCCUAUCCCACGGGAACCCGGCCUCUCCAUUGCCAUGGAUGUCACCGGACCAUUUCCCUGUGAUCGCCUCGGGCACGAUGGCAUCCUCACGGUUGUGGACCGUUUGAACAUAGUCAGCGACCGCGACACUCGCUUCAUGUCGGCAUUUUGGACUGCUCUCAUGCAGGAGUCCGACACGAAGAUGAAACCAAGUUCGGCUCAGCAUCCACAGACGGACGGGCAAACAGAGCGGGCACAUCAAACCGCUCAAAUGAUGCUUCGUACGCUCAUCCGUCCGGACCAGAAAGAUUGGGUUGACCGCCUCCCCGACAUCGAGUUCGCCUACAACACUUCGGUGCACCCGGCGAUCGGCGUGACUCCAUUCGAGUUGCACCACGGUGGACGGAAAGGCUGUAUCUUCGCCGACCUUCUCCUCCCACGACCAGCCGACGUCGACGCCGCUUGCUCUCUUGCUUCCGUCCGGAAGUACAGGGAAUUGCUGGCUCAAGCCCGCGCGGACAUGCAAAAGGCUCAAGUCCGCAUGCAGCAGCUAGCCAACAGGCGUCGCGUGCCAUGUCCCAUCCGCGCCGGUGAUCUGGUUUGGGUCUCCCCGGAAGAGUUUGCACUUGAACAGGAUGUUUCACGCAAACUGCUUCCCAAGUGGUUUGGACCAUGGCCCGCAACAUCAGCCGCGGGCGAUGAGCCCGAUGGCCCUUCAUUUGUGAUCAACAUUCCCCCGCAUCUGACGGUCCAUCCAGUCUUUCACGCCUCGAAGCUGGCGACAUACACACCAGCUAAGAGCGACGACUUCCCGGGCCGACGAUCUCAGGACCAUCCUUCUAUGGAUGGUCAUCAGGAAGUUGACCGCGUCAUCACCGAUCGCAAGUACGGCAGGAAGCCUUGACAGUACAAGGUUACAUUCAGAUCAUGCGAUCGCGACGACACUCGGUGGAUUUCAAGAGCAGAUUUGAAAGCAUCC